AUCGUCUCACUGUCGUACGGAUUCAGGGAGCAUCUCUGGUAUAAGACAGGCAUCUUCGCACAGUUCCACAUCCUUCGACUACCAGUGCUGGAUUUUCCGGAGAGACACGAGCUAGGAUAGAACAGCUAAAGCCAUGGCAACGCCAGCGGGUUUACCUCCGGCUGGAGAUGGAGCGGGAUUAUCACCAACGCCUGAAGUGGUCACACUUACAUCGUCGUCUAAAGGGAAAGGCAAGGUCACUGAACCUGUGGCUGGAGCUUCUGAAGCGCCUACCUUCUCCUCUUUUGCCCACCUCCUCGAUGUACGGCUUUUGCGCGGUCUCUCAACGCUCGGUUUCGCUCACCCGACACCGAUCCAGGCCGAGCUAAUCCCUGUGGCACUCGGCGCUUCGAGACCUUCUGCAUCUUCUACCAAUACCACGAUCGCACCUGGAAUAGGAAAAAAGGGCAUUAAAGAUGUUCUCGCGCGCUCGAGGACUGGCAGCGGAAAAACUCUCGCUUACGGGCUUGCGCUGAUGCAAAAGAUCCUCGACGCCAAAAGGUCUCUCUCACCGACUUCAGAUGAAUAUAAGUGUACACGAGCGUUGAUCAUCGUCCCGACCCGAGAGCUUAGCGAACAAGUCACUGCCCAGCUUAGUGCUUUGGCAGCAGCAUGUGGUGGCCGCUCAUCAACAGCCUUCUCCAACACUCCUCAGUUGUCGUCGCACAUCUCUCAAACGCUGGCCGACGGCUCCUCCAAGGGCGAUCAGCAGCAGUUGCGCCGCUCCGGACUCAAAGGCAAGGCUCGGGAAGAUGCUGAUUCUGGCAGCGGUGGAGAUGCUCAGAUGGAGGUGCUCAACAUUGCAAAGGAUGUCAGCUCCAAGGUUCUGCGUAUGGUCUUGCAGGAUGGCCAACCUGAUAUCAUUGUCUCGACUCCGACCAAGCUGCUGCACUUCCUCCGCUCGACUAGCUCCGGGUCUGCACCCAAGGGCUCGGGCCUCGACCUGAGCAAUCUCGAAUCGCUUGUCAUUGACGAGGCGGACCUCAUGCUGUCCUAUGGCCAUGAUCUCUUACCUGCGCAGGAAGGUGAGGGCUCCGGGGGCUUUGUCAAGGAAGUGCUUGAAGCGGGUUGGUGGACCAAAGCAGAAGCCAAAGGUGGUGUGCAACGCUUCCUGGUCAGUGCUACGCUCAACAAGGAUGUUGAGAAGUUGAAAAGGAUCAUUCUCCGGCAACCUGUCAUCAUCGACUUGAAAGACUCGCUUCUUGCCUCAUCCGCAGGAGGGGCAACGUCAAGUGGCGGCCAGCUGCUGCAAUAUUCCCUUCACCUCUCCGAAGUCGACAAGUUCUUGUUGCUCUAUAUUAUCAUCAAGCUGCGUCUCAUCCGGGGCAAAACACUUAUCUUUGUCAACUCAAUCGAGCGUGGGUAUAGACUCAAACUGUUUCUCGAGCAAUUCGGCAUUAGCAAGAGCGCCGUGCUCAACCAGGAGCUGCCGUUUACCAGCAGAAUGAAGAAGGUAGAGGCAUUCAACAAGGACGCAAUUUCUAUCAUGAUCGCUACAGAUGAGCAGGGGUGCGCCCAAGUCGACGAGGACGACGGCGAGCAGGAGCAAGAGCAGGAUGAUAUUGAGGCGGAAGAAGAGGAUGCAGGUGAAGAAUUGGCAGGAAAAAAGCGAAAGCGCAAUGAUUCUGCUAAGGCAGUGCAGAAAAAAUUGAGGUCAUCGAAGAGCAGCAAAGGGCAAGCAAAAGACGCCGAAUAUUCGGUGUCGCGCGGUGUCGACUUCCUUCAAGUGGCCUGCGUUAUCAAUUUCGAUUUACCCACAUCGCUGACGGCAUACACGCAUCGCGUUGGCCGGACGGCACGUGCAGGAAACACAGGCACAGCGCUCAGCUUUGUCGUUCCGAAAGACUUGGCUGGCAAAACAACGGGUGCAGGCGGAAAAUCUAUGAAGCACCUUUGCUGCCCGACUGCCGCGACCGACGAGGUGGUCUGGCGCAAAGUGCAGCAAGCGUACUCUGCAAAUCCUAGCCAGGGUGCUGAUGCUGGUGCAACAGGGGCCAGCAAGAUCGAAGAGUGGAAAUAUGACAGAGCGCAGAUCGAGGCCUUCCGAUAUCGCAUGGAAGAUGCCUUGCGCAGCGUCACAAAGUUGACCAUCAAGGAAGCGCGCGUCAAGGAGCUGAAAUGGGAGAUGCUGAACAGCGAAAAGCUCAAGAGCUACUGGGAAGACAAUCCUAAGGACUUAGAGUACCUCAAGGCGCAGACUGCAGAAAAAGGAGGUGGCAAAUUGCUCGGGAACGGGAAAGUGCAAGGACACCUCAAGCACGUCCCGAACUACCUCAUGCCGCGUGUCGCCGGCUUUAAGCAGCAGCAGCAACAACAGCUGCAGCAGCAAGCUGCAGCAGGGGCCGGUCCUUCCAAUGGAGGUGCAAAAGCGAGAAGUCAGCGUAAAGUCGGCUAUGUCCCCAAGCAUGGUGACAAGCGCAAGGCUGCCGCACCAAAGAGAAAGCACGACCCUUUGAAGAAGUUCAAAGCAAAGGCCAAGAAGUGACCUUUGUAUUCUAUUACAAGACGUUUCUUUUCGCGGCAAGCCGCCGCCAAUACCAUUCUACCAUGU